GUUGUUGUGUCGGCCAGGCUGGCGGGGCACUGGCGGGGCUCCUGGGCCGCCCCGGGGGUCGGUGAGUCUGCCCCGCCGUGCCCUGCCGUGGUGGGGUGAGAGGCGGCUGUAGGCCCAGGGCGCGGCGACUCGCGGCCCAGGGCUGUGGCGCGGCCCUGUUCCUUGCCCCCCGCCCCCGCCAGACUCGCAAGAGUGGUGACCCAGGCACUAACUAUGACGACGUUGGUAUGGACAUAAGUGAGGACUCGGAUGAGGAGCUGCCAUCUGCUCACCAGGCAAGAGAGAGGGCAGGCGCCACCCGACCAACUGGCAACAGUACCACAAAACACCAGGAAUCAUCAUCCACCAGUCGAUCUUCUGAGGACCUUUCUGUGACUAGCAGCGAGGGUGGCAAGAAUCCCAGUGAAUCCAAAGAAGGGCAUCGUUCCAGUCUUCAGGAACGCUUGCUGGGCCUUGCCAGUGGGGCCUCACAGCGGACACUGCCUGGGGAGGAUCGAGGAGGCGCCAGGGAUAGAAGGGAAAAGUCAAGAUCUAAGUCCAGAGAAAGAGAAGUUGGAAGAUCAAGUCAGUCAAACAGAGACCACAGCAGCAGGAGUCACCAAGCUAGAGAACAGACUGCUCAAGGGCACUCAGGACGCGGCAGAGACUGCCGCAAGGGCCGAGAAGAUGAUCGCAAACGUAAGGAUGAUGAUAGGCGAGGCCGACGCUCACGCUCACGUUCAAGGUCAAGGGACAGGCGCAGGUCACGCUCCAGAUCCAGAGAACGCAGGUACAGGUCCAGGUCAAGGUCCAGGUCCAGGUCCAGAGAGAGGCGCCGCCGCAGCCGCAGUCGGGAGAGGAAGAGGCCCAUGGACAUAAGGAAAGAGGCACAACAAAAGCUUGCAGCUCUCAAAGCAGCCAAUCCAGAUUUGACAGCAGCUGAAUUACUAAAGAGAAGUAUGGAAGCCCAAGUAGUUGAAGUUCAGAAGCAAACAGGCAUCACCUUACCUUCCUACUACAACCCUGCUGCAAUGAACCCCAUGAAGUUUGCUGAACAGGAAAGAAAAAAGAAACUAUUAUGGGGCAAUAAGAAUAAAACUCCUCCAACCCCAACUCCUGCCCCUCAAGCUAAUCCUACAGAAAACCCACGUCCAAUGAACACAGGUUUUGGAGGAAUGAACUUUGGGCCAAGGUUUCCAACUAUGCCAAUAUCCAGAGCUCCGCAGACACCAACAACACCAACAACACAGGCAGGAGCUAGCGGGAGCAGUGGCGGGCAGGCUGCCUUAUGGGCCAACACAAGGUUUUCUAAUGACAGAGAUGGAAAGAUGGCCGAGAAGUUCCGCAGGCUCAUGGGCGUUAAAGAUCAAGAGGGACCAAUAAGAAACAUGAUCCCCGCUGCUACCGGGUUAAUCAUGGUACAGGACUCGGAGAUAGGUGAAGCUGCGCCAAGUAGUAGUACUAAGGAAGGAACUGGAGGGAAUGGUAGCAAAGAUAAAGGUAUUGAUAUUCUUCAAAAACAAGAAACUAUGUUUUCCUCAAUGGAAAGGCAGUAUGAGAUGGCAAGAAUUGCCACACACACUCACAAGGGAUUUGGUUUAGGCUUCACUAGUCAGUCUUUUAUACCAAAGUAGUAGUUGUUAUCUACAGCCUCUCUUUUAACUUUUUUUUUUUUCUUGUACAUAGCAUACACUGUGCACUGUUGUAGAAAAUACCUCGUGAACGAUAACUUUGAUGUAGAUAUUCAGUCUAGACAAGGUUAACCUGAUCAUAGUGCUGAUGAUCAGAAAUUAAAAACUAGAACACUAAUUUACAUUUCCUGUUGCCCCUUUUGUCAAAAAGAUAUACAGGAUCUCUAUUAAGUCAUAACAGCAAAGACUUAAGGUGUGGCAAUGCCUCAAAUUCAUUUUGUAGCUGCUACUCUGCUAGAAAUUGUAUUUAUUUAUUUUUUAUAUUUUAAUAGCACCCAGUUAGAUAUUAUGUGGCAGCAAUUAUCAAUAUUUUAUUACCAGAUGAGGUGAGAGGAAUAUCUCUUUCUGCUGUCAUGAACUGAAUCUCGUCUCUUGCUGUUUAAUUUUAAAUACUGACUCAAGAUAUUGCAUUGAGAUACAGUCAUAGCAGCAUCAUAUUCCUAAGCAAGCAUGGUUUAUUAUGAAUCACUAUGAAUUCUGGUAAGUUGUAAUAUUGUUGUUUGUUUUUCAUUAUUGGGUGAUUUCAGAUAGUACAAAAUUUGAAAAAAGCACACACACACACACAUGCAUGUCCACAAACAUACUUGAGUGUAUUUUCAUUACACUAUAUGGCUUUAAUCAACAUACCAUGUGCUAGAUUCUUUUUGAUCAAGAUUAUCAGGUACCUAGGUAGCAAAAAAAUUCAUAGAAAAUAAAUGUGUUCCAAGAUCUUCAUUCAAAUGCAUGAGUAAACAAAACUCAUUUAAUUCCAUAUAAUAACAGUUUGAUAAAACAUAAGCCUAAGGAUAGUGUACCUGGAUAGUAAAGAUUGAAUUAAAAAAAUGUACCUCAGAAGUCACAUUUUUUCUGUCCCCUAAUUGGCCCAGCACUGGCAUUACUGUGUUCUUAACACAAAUUUUGAUCAUGAUAGCUGAGUAGCAUUGAUGAUGAUCUGUACUUGCAUAUAUCAGUCUCGUCAAUCAUACAUCAGGAUACAUGAACUGUUGCAUCUAUUUUCUGUUUAUCAAAGAUUUCCUAUUUGGCACCUCUGUUCACAUUGAAUUAUGCAGAUAUACUUCCCUGUCCUGCAGUUUUCAUUUAAAUGAAUGGUAUGGAGUAGGAAUGCAAAUUGACAAAAUGCUUGCUUAAACAGUGAUUAUAUCCAUUGAGAAACAUCAAACUGGGUCAGCUGUAUGAAAAGUUAUAAUACACUACAAGCUUUGCACUAUUUUUCUUGCAUUUUCCUCUUAGUCUCUGAUUUUUUAAGCCAUAUGGAACUUUGCUGUACUGAAAUUUAUGGCCGGCAGUUGUCUGAAUAGUAUAUGGUAAAAUGUCCCCAAAUUUGUACCAUUAAUUUAAGAUUAUACCGUAAUAAAAUGUCAAAAGUAGAA